UAUGGGAUGGCCGAAGAGCUGGCUCUGGCUGGGCCUUCUGCUGGGGCUGUCUACCCCAGAGGCCCAGGGAAAGAUCUACCCGAGGGACAUUUACCAAAAGAUACCCAAGUUUCGGCGCGUCUGGGGAGGAGUGGAGUCGAACACAGGACCCAACUUUGGAGGCUGGCUGCUGCGCAUCGUGAACAGUAAUGGCCACUUUGCCUGCGGGGGAGCCUACUACGCCCCGCUGCUCGUGAUCACCUCGGCGAACUGCAUAUAUCCCUAUAGGAACAGCAUAGAAGGGGUCACGGUGGAGGGCACCGCGUACUCCAAGUGCGACAAGGAGAACGUUGCCGAGAUCGACACCAUCCAGUUUCCCGAGCGGUUCAUCUACCACAAGCUCUACAUGGACGUGGCCCUGAUCCGGCUGAAGGACCCCAUCAAGGGCCGCCUCACCGAGUUCAUCAGGCUGUGCACGGUGAAGGUGCAGCCGGGCAUGAAGAUGGUGGUCUUCGGCUGGGGCCACGACAGCCCCGUGGUGCAGAAGCCCUCCUCGGACCCGCGCAACUCGUCAGUCUCGGUCAUAAGCGUCAAGGAGUGCCGGCGGAAGUUCAAAAAGGUCCUGAGGCUAUCGAGCACCUCGGUCUGCGUGAGGCAGCCCAAGAACCCGAGGCAGUGCCUCUACGACGGCGGCAGUCCCAUGAUCUACAACAGGGAGCUCUGCGGCGUGGUGUCCUGGGGAUCCAACUGCCAGGACACCUCCAAGCCGGGCAUGUACACCAACAUCAGACGGGUGAAGCGGUUCAUAAAGGAAACCGAGGAGGGCAUCAAUGCCGGCUACAUCUUCAGGUCGCCCAAGCACGAGGAAAAAGAACGUCCGAAGCCCAAGGGAAACGCGACCACAGAGGUGAAGGUUAGCAAGGCGAAAGCGGUACCCAAGACAACCACGGUGGAUCCCUUGGAGGCGAUGGUAUGCUGAAUAAAGGACUUUCAAUUAAAAAAUA